AACUUUUCCCAUCACUCUCUGCGUUUCCCCUCUCUCAUGGUUCCCCAAUAAAACCCUAAUUUUUUCUCCCACUCUCACUCCGCAGGGUUUGUAGUUUUGAUUGAUUUGGUGUUUGUGGCGGUUGGCGGAUCUGUGUGUGGUUUUGUUGUUUGCAGAGGUCAGAAAAUUUUGAAGGAGAAAACUGGGAAUUUAGGGUAGGGAUUUAUGUCCUUCAAUCAAUCAAGGUCGGAUAAGAACGAGACGCAGUAUCGUAGAACAGGGCGAUCCGCGAGCUCCAAUCAGCAGAGCAGGGGAUACUCACCCGCUUACCCUAAGGGCGCCGGCGCCGCUGGGCCCGCCCCUUCCCUCUCCUCCAACCGCAGCUUCAAGAAGUCUAACAACAAUGCACAAGGAGGGCAACCUAGGGGGAAUGUAGCCACUGUAAAUCCCUCGGAUCCUGGGAGUGCUUCUACACCGCGCAGCGGUGUACCGAAUGGCGCCCAUGUACAGCCGCAAUUUCACGGAGCCUCGGAGACAAGUUAUACGAGCACAGCUCCCAAGCAAACAGAACCAUCAGUUGCACAGAGAAGCUCUCGAGCUGUUCCGAAGGCUCCAGCGUCUCAGUCUGCCUCCGUGAAUUCUGACUCAAGAGGGCCCAAUACUCCUGUGAAGGUCCCAGGAGAUGCGUCUAAGGGAUUUUCCUUUCAGUUCGGGUCCAUAAGUCCUGGUUUGAUGAAUGGGAUGCAGAUUCCUUCUCGAACUAGCUCGGCUCCCCCAAAUUUGGAUGAGCAGAAGCGCGAUCAGGCACGGCAUGAGUCCUUUAGACCUGCACUGUCAUUGCCGACCCCUUCUGUUCCUUCACCUCAGACUCCAUUACAGGUGAUGCACAAAGCUGAGAGGAAGUAUGAAAUAGGUAAAGUGAGUGAUGAAGAACAGGCCAAGCAAAGGCAGUUGAAGGCUAUAUUAAACAAGCUGACUCUCCAGAAUUUUGAAAAACUGUUUGAGCAAGUAAAAGCUGUUAAUAUUGAUAAUGCCACAACACUGACCGGUGUCGUCUCUCAAAUCUUUGAUAAGGCUUUAAUGGAGCCUACUUUCUGUGAGAUGUAUGCAAACUUCUGUUUUUAUCUUGCCGCGGAGUUGCCUGAUUUCAGUGAAGACAAUGAAAAGAUAACCUUUAAGAGGUUGCUUUUGAACAAGUGUCAGGAGGAAUUUGAGAGGGGAGAAAGAGAACAAGAGGAAGCCAAUAAGGCUGAUGAGGAGGGUGAGGUGAAACAGUCUGAAGAAAUAAGAGAAGAGAAAAGAAUUAAAGCACGGAGACGAAUGGGUAACAUUAGAUUAAUUGGGGAGUUAUACAAGAAGAAAAUGUUGACCGAGAGAAUAAUGCAUGAGUGCAUUAAAAAGUUGUUAGGUCAGCAGCAGACUCCAGAUGAGGAAGAUAUUGAAGCUUUGUGCAAACUAAUGAGCACAAUUGGGGAGAUGAUUGAUCAUCCGAAAGCCAAGGAGCACAUGGAUGCAUAUUUUGAGAGGAUGAAAAGUCUAUCGAAUAACAUGAAACUAUCUUCUAGGGUUAGGUUCAUGUUGAAGGAUACAAUUGAUCUGCGCAAGAAUAAAUGGCAGCAGAGGAGGAAAGUUGAAGGACAAAAAAAUAUUGAGGAAGUGCACAGAGAUGCUGCACAAGAGCGACAGGCACAAGCUAGUAGGCUGGGCCGUGGUCCAGGUAUGAAUCCAUCAGCUAGAAGGGGGCCCCCCAUGGAAUUUAGUCCAAGAGGGUCGGCUAUGUUAUCUCCAUCAAAUGCACAAAUGGGUGGUUUCCGUGGGAUGCCCACUCCGGCUCGUGGUUUUGAAAAACUGUUUGAGCAAGUAAAAGCUGUUAAUAUUGAUAAUGCCACAACACUGACCGGUGUCGUCUCUCAAAUCUUUGAUAAGGCUUUAAUGGAGCCUACUUUCUGUGAGAUGUAUGCAAACUUCUGUUUUUAUCUUGCCGCGGAGUUGCCUGAUUUCAGUGAAGACAAUGAAAAGAUAACCUUUAAGAGGUUGCUUUUGAACAAGUGUCAGGAGGAAUUUGAGAGGGGAGAAAGAGAACAAGAGGAAGCCAAUAAGGCUGAUGAGGAGGGUGAGGUGAAACAGUCUGAAGAAGAAAGAGAAGAGAAAAGAAUUAAAUCACGGAGACGAAUGUUGGGUAACAUUAGAUUAAUUGGGGAGUUAUACAAGAAGAAAAUGUUGACCGAGAGAAUAAUGCAUGAGUGCAUUAAAAAGUUGUUAGGUCAGCAGCAGACUCCAGAUGAGGAAGAUAUUGAAGCUUUGUGCAAACUAAUGAACACAAUUGGGGAGAUGAUUGAUCAUCCGAAAGCCAAGGAGCACAUGGAUGCAUAUUUUGAGAGGAUGAAAAGUCUAUCGAAUAACAUGAAACUAUCUUCUAGGGUUAGGUUCAUGUUGAAGGAUACAAUUUUUAUUUUUUUAUUUUUUUUAUUAUUAUUAUUAUUUUUUUUUUUUUUUUGAGACUAGGGUA